GUUCCUGCUACUCCUUCCUCUGCUUUCCUCUCGUAAAUUAUAGUCCCGCGGUGCUGCUCUGUUCAUUUCUCCGGCGGUCGGCGAUCAGUUGUGCACCUGCCGUAGCUGUUGAUUGAUAGGGGGCUGAUUGAGGUAGCUGCCAUGUCGGGAAUAUCGCUGGCAGUGGCGCCGCGGUCUGACCCGGACAACGGGGCGGAGCGGCAGCCGUCGUCGGCGAUGCUCGGGGGCGUCAUGGGCUCGCUCCGCGUCAUCGAGCUCCAGCUCGUCGCCUUCAUCAUGGUCUUCUCGAUGUCAGGCCUCGUCCCGCUCAUCGACCUCGCCUUCCCGGUCGUCACCACCCUCUACCUCCUCGCCCUCUCCCGCCUCGCCUUCCCUUCGCUCCACAGCAAGCUCGACGACGAAGCCGCCGCCGCCCACUCCGCCGCGUCCCAGGAGAUCUUCCGCGGAAGCAAGCUGUUUCAGGUGUAUGUGGUGAUGGGCACCACGGUGGGGCUGUUCCUGCCGCUGGCGCACGUCCUGGGCGGGUUCGCGCGCGGCGACGACGCCGCCGUGCGCUCCGCGACGCCACACCUGUUCCUGCUCUCGUGCCAGAUCCUCACGGAGAACAUCGUGGGCUCGCUCGGCGUCUUCUCGCCGCCGCUGAGGGCACUGGUGCCGCUUCUCUACACGGUGCGCCGCGUCUUCGUCAUCGUCGACUGGGUCUACGAAGUGUGGACCAACAAGCUCAUCACCCGCACCGCCCCCGUUCAGGAUAAGGCCUGGGUGUGGUUCGGCAGGUACCUCGCGGUGGCGAACUUGGUCUACUUCUCCACCAACCUGUUCGUCUUCCUCAUCCCCAAGUUUCUCCCCCGCGCGUUCGAGAAGUACUUCCACACGCGCGACGAGGUGUACGCCAAGACGGCGGAGGACAAGCGAGCAAGGGAUCUGUCCUCGCUCGAUGAUGACGGUGCGGCAAAAUCGGAGGUCUCCAAGAAGGCCGACUGAGAUCGAUGAUCGUGUUCGUUGCGCGGCUGCGCUCGUAGUGUGCUCUGUAGCUUCAACGUUGCUUACCUGUAUGUGGACCGGUGUUUGUACAUUUGGGUCUUCGCUUCUCAUUUCUGAAAUUCCGUGUGAAUGUAGUACUCCCUUCGUUUCAACAUAAUUGAAGUUCUAGAUUUAUUUUAA